AUGCCGCGCGGCUCCGUUCCCACACUCGUAAGUGUAUUUCCGAGCUUUGUUGACUUAGAUGGGCUUUAAUUAGUGGUCAUUCUAGUAAAAGCCAGUAAAAAAAAUAUAUGAAUAAGAGGCAUGGAUAAGAUCAGAGAUUUAUCCUUUUCCUGGACUAUUGAUUAGAAAUCUGUGUGUGUUUAACCAAGGAGAGCAAACAUAACGACUUAUUCUCACAUUAUAAUCUAUAGAGAGAAUAAAUAAACAUAAUUUAUAGGAUUAUUUAUAAAAGGUGUCACUAUGACGAAAGGAUGGUCAUGAACUGCAUAAAAAGUAAACAAAAUGUAAUAUAAAUGCAAAAUAAUAAUUCUGUCGACACCAGUUUCCAGAUUGUACCUAUUUUGAUGUAAUUAUGUGAGUAAUGAAACGAGCGCCGAUGACGGAUUUUACAGAUUUACUAAAGGGUAAUUUUGAGGAGAAACUUUUGUAGCAGUGGAAGACUAGUUUACAGAGGGAUUCUGAUGUUCUUUCUGACUUCAUAUACCUUAAAAGUGAAACAUUACCUCACGUAUUUCGAAGUUAUUAAUUUUUAUAUUGUUUUAGACCCUUCCAACAGAGCUAAAAAUGGCGGAUUGCCUCGAAGACUUGGAGCCUGGAGAUUCUGAUCGUCGAAUUGAUGCCUGUGGGUUUCGAAGACAGCAAGUAAGCUGAAUUUUUUCUUUAUUUUUCCUGUGUUUAGUUUGACAUUUUCAAAAACAAAUUCCGCGAUGCUUUCGACGAACAUGGCCAUGAGAAGCUCGCCAAUCUCGUUUUGGAUGGCACUCUGAAGAAGGAUGUUGUGAAUACAAUGCGACGACUUCAAAGGGCCAAAUUUACAUUAGAGAAGUGAGUCUUCGGACUUUUUUUUGUUUUCAAGUAACAAUAUCAGAACUCGGACUACGACCUUAUGAAGAAGGUCUGAAUAUUAAAGUUACAAGUGGUAUUUAUUCUAAUUGUAGCUUGAUUUUAGUGUGAAUGAGCAGGAAGCCGUUGGUGGAUUGGUAAAGAAGAUCUCCGAGUUAUACGAUGAAAUUGGAAGAGCGACAAAAGGGAACGACGAGUUCACAGUAGAUAAUGUAAAGCUACCCGACUAUGACGAGACUGCCUUGGAUUUGAUAUUUGGGGGAAACCCUCCAAAAGAGAACGAAGUUUCUAUAACGAAUGUCCAGGAGUUGAAUAAGGCCUUCACAGAGAAGAUCAACGAAGUUUUAGGUGCAGCUCAGCUACUUCUAAAUGAAUAUGACGAGUUGAUGGAGUAUCUGAAGCGAGGAGGGGUUCCUCUCUCACCUCUGCCGAAGUAG